AUGCCAAAGUCCCUGGAAAAGACCAGGAAGCGCAUUGCCAAAAAGCGGAAUGGCAACGUCGUUCUUCAUGAGUUCUCCCGCGACACCAAGAAGCUCCACAAAGCUCAAGUCCGUGACGAGCGCCUCGAAAAGCUCGCCGCCGCCAGGAAGAAGCAUGAUCAGCCCCUGAUCCACAGAAUCACCUUUUUUCAGAAGGCUGCCCAGGAAAAUGAGAGCAUACCCUUCGAUAUGGAAAAGAUGCAGGAGUACAUCAACCAAUACGUACACCAGCACGACCAAGAGCUUGAGCAGCUCAAGAAAUCGCGUCGCCCCGGAAGACCGGCAAGUGUCAAGGAGGACCUUCUCAGCCUGAAGGUCGAGACUCUUAGAAAGGAGCAACAGAACGGAUUCUAUCUUUCAAAGCAAAACAACAUCGAUUUGCUCAAUAGAUGGGAAGGUGCAUGGUCCUUUUUAGCGACCAUGUCGUACAUUCGCAUCUCAGAGGCUGGCACCGUCAAACCGUCCAGCUUCCCACCCAGCAGCCAGUGA